AUGCAGGAUGGGAAGGCCCGGGCGCUUCAGGCGGCCAUGAUCGAUGACGAGUUCUACGUGCACCAGAUCCACCUCCAGAAGCUCAUGAAGAAGUUGGCGAAGAACAAGAACAUGUCACCGAAGGAGAAGAAGGCGGCAAGGAUCAUGGAGAUUGCGCAGUCAGAGGCCCACGAGCUCUCGCGGAUGCUUCUGAAGCGCAUCGCCAGCCCGCAAAUUCAGGACAUGGUGCACGAAAGGAGGCAGGACUUCGAGGCAUCUUUUCGCUGCUGGGGUCUCCUCCGCUUCAACAAUGUUAAGCGCGAUGACGCCUUCUGGAAGAGGGAGAUCGAGCGCCGGGUCGACGUCUUUGUGGACCAGGGGAGCACACCUCUGCAGAAGAAGGACUUCGACUUCCGCGUGCGCCGAUUCCUGACCGAGUUUUGCAUGAGGAGCAACGUGAUACGAGUGAGCGAGGCUCUGGCUAUGGUCAGUAAGAGUAUCUCCGGAAAGAAGCGGGAUGACGUCCAGACGUGGCCCGCCUACGUCGUUACCCUGCUCCGCAAGUUCGAUCCGGAAGUGAACGCCUUCAUUGCCAGCCGCGAAAGUCAGAACCCACGGCUUUCCAAGCAGGAAGCUGAAGACGUCAAGGACGACGAAGCAGAUCCAGAAGAGGAGGAGGAUGAAUUGGACAGCGGCAGUGACUCCGAUGAUGGGGAAGACGCGGGCUCACUCAGCGACACCCUGGACACGUACAACCAGGCGCCGGCCCAGAGCCCUGAACCGGACCAACCCCUGUCUGAAGAGGCUUCGGGAUUCGCGUUCCAGUAA